GGGCUGCGACUGCGUCUCGGCGGGCUUCCCGGGCGGCGACGCUGGGUGAGGGUGGCUCUCAGCUUGGCGGCGGCCGCUCCUUCCCGGCCUCCUGGCCCCGGUCCCGCCUGGCAAAGGAUGAAGGGAAGCCCUCGGGCGCUGCGGUCCGAGGCGACAGACGGCGUCCCUCUCCGCCCCUCGGCUCCCGGCGCCUCAGAGCCCUGCCCAGGCCGCCGGAUGGUGAUGCUCUGGCCUGGCUGGUGGGCGCGGCCCCCUACGUCCCGCUGAAAAUGUGUAUCUGAAAUGCAAGGUCAGCAAGGCAGAGACCUGUGGAUUGCCGUGCCCUGCCCUCUGAACCUGGAUCAUGAAGGUGUUGGGAAGAAGCUUCUUCUGGGUGCUGUUUCCCGUCCUUCCCUGGGCGACUCAGGCUGUGGAGCACGAGGAGGUGGCACAGCGUGUGAUCAAACUGCACCGUGGGCGGGGGGCAGCCGCCACUCAGAGCCGGCAGUGGGUCCGGGACAGCUGCAGGAAGCUCUCAGGGCUUCUCCGCCAGAAGAAUGCGGUUCUGAACAAACUGAAAAAUGCAAUUGGAGCAGUGGAGAGAGACGUGGGCCUGUCGGGUGAAGAGAAACUGUUUCAGGUGCACACAUUUGAAAUCUUCCAGAAAGAGCUGAAUGAAAGUGAAAAUUCUGUUUUCCAAGCCAUCUACGGACUGCAGAGAGCCCUCCAGGGAGAUUACAAAGAUGUCGUGAACAUGAAGGAGAGCAGCCGGCAGCGCCUGGAGGCCCUGAGAGAGGCAGCAAUAAAGGAAGAAGCAGAGUAUGUGGCACUUCUGGCAGCAGAGAAACACCAAGCUGAAGCGCUGAAGAGUGUGCAGCAUCAGAACAGAAGUCUGUCCAUGCUUGAUGAAAUCCUUGAAGAUGUAAGAAAGGCAGCAGACCGUCUGGAGGAAGAGAUCGAGGAACAUGCUUUUGAUGACAAUAAAUCCGUAAGCCUUCAAACAGCUGAGCCACGUUCUGCUUGGAAGGUCAAGGGGGUCAAUUUUGAGGCAGUUCUGCGGGUGGAGGAAGAAGAGGCCAAUUCUAAGCAAAAUAUGACAAAACGGGAAGUGGAGGACGACCUGGGCCUUAGCAUGCUGAUCGACUCCCAGAACAACCAGUAUAUUUUGACCAAGCCCAGAGAUUCAACCAUCCCACGCGCAGAUCACCACUUUAUAAAGGACAUUGUUACCAUCGGAAUGCUGUCCUUGCCUUGUGGCUGGCUGUGUACAGCUAUAGGGUUACCUACAAUGUUUGGCUAUAUUAUUUGUGGUGUACUUCUGGGACCUUCAGGACUAAAUAGUAUUAAGUCUAUUGUGCAAGUGGAGACAUUAGGAGAAUUUGGGGUGUUUUUUACUCUUUUUCUUGUUGGCUUAGAAUUUUCUCCAGAAAAACUAAGAAAGGUGUGGAAGAUCUCCUUACAAGGGCCAUGUUACAUGACACUGUUAAUGAUUGCAUUUGGCUUGCUGUGGGGUCAUCUCUUGCGGAUCAAACCCACGCAGAGCGUCUUCAUUUCCACGUGUCUGUCCUUGUCGAGCACACCCCUCGUGUCCAGGUUCCUCGUGGGCAGUGCUCGGGGUGACAAAGAAGGCGACAUUGACUACAGCACGGUGCUCCUCGGCAUGCUGGUGACGCAGGAUGUGCAGCUCGGUCUCUUCAUGGCUGUCAUGCCGACCCUCAUACAGGCGGGCAGCAGUGCGUCUUCUAGGCUGGAGCGCAGUCGCUCAAUCUCAGCUCACCACAUUCUCUGCCUCCUGGGUUCAAGCAAUUCUCCUGCCUCAGCCUCCCGAGUAGCUGGGAUUACAGGUGAGGCACUACACCUGGCUUAUUUUUGUAUUAUUACUAGAGACGGGGUUUCACCAUGUUCAUCAGGCUGGUCUCAAACUCUUGACCUUGUGAUCCACCUGCCUCAGCCUCCCAAAGUGCUUGGAUUACAGGCAGGAGCCACUGCACCUGGUAUUUUUUUUUUUUUUUUUUUUUGAGACGGAGUUUCACUCUUGUCAGCCAGGCUAGAGUGCAGUGGCACAAUCUCAGCUCACUGUAGCCUCCACCUCCCAGGUUCAAGUGAUUCUUCCGCCUCAGCCUCCUGAGUAGCUGAGAUUAUAGACGCCCGCCACCACACUGCACUAAUUUUUGUAUUUUUAGUAGAGACAGGGUUUCUCCUUGUUGGUCAGGCUGGUCUCAAACUCCUGACCUCAGGUGAUCCGCCCACCGUGGUCUCCGAAAGUGCUGCGAUUACAGGCAUGAGCCACUGUGCCCAGCCUUGUUCCUCGUUUUAUUGAUUUUCUUUAUUUUAUUGUUGUUUUCAGUUCUAUUAGUUUCUACUCUCACCUUCCUUCCUUCUUGCUUUGAGUCCAUUUUGCGCUUCUUUUUCUAGGUUCUUAUGGUAUGAACUUAGGUUGUUGAUUUUAAACUCUUCAUCUUUUCUACUGUAAGCAUUUAGUGCUAUAAAUUUCCCUCUCAGCACUGUUUUAUCUGCAUCUGAUAUUUUGAUAUGUUGUAUUUUUAUUUUCAUUUUGUUAAUGAGUUUUAAAAUUUCCUUUGAUACUUCUUUGACCUCGUGGAUUGUUUAGAAGUGUUGCUUAAUUUCCAGUCAUCGAGAGAUUUUCCUGAUGUCUUUCUAUUAUUGAUUUCUAGUUUGAUUCCACUGUGGUCUGAGAACAUUUUGUAUGAUUUCAGUUCUUUUGCUUUUGUUGAGGUUUGUUUUAUGGCCAGUGAUGCUGUCUGUGGUAAAUGCUCUAAAGUCACUCGGGAGGGAACAAAAAGUGUAUUCUGCUAUUGUUGAGUGGAGUAGUUUAUAUGUGUCAGUUAAAUCCUGUUGGCUCAUUGCACUGUUCGGUGCUCUUGCUGUAGUUGUUUCAGUUGUCGAGGGAGAUGGUGUUGACGUCCUGUUAUAAUUGGGUAUUUGUCUGUUUCUCUGUUGAGUUCUGUCAGCUUUUGCUCUGUGUACUUUGGGGCUCUUUUGUUUGGUACAUGCACAUUUAGGAACAUUUUGUCUACCUGGUGAAUUGAUCUUGUUAUCAUUAUGUAAUACUUCUUUUUGUUGUUGUUUUUCGAGAGGAUAGUCUUGCUCUGUUGCCCAGGCUGGAGUGCAGUGGUGUGGUCUCAGCUCUCUGCCUCCUGGGUUCUAGCGAUUCUCAUGCCUCAGCCUAUUGAAUAGCUAGGAUUACAGGUGUAUGCCACCAUACCUGGCUAAUUUUUGUAUUUUUUAGGAGAGACAAGGCUUCGCCAUGUUGGCCUGGCCAGUCUCGAACUCCUGGUCUCAAGUGAUCUUCCCACCUCAGCCUCCCAAAGUGCUAGGAUUACAGGCAUGAGCCACUGUGCCCAGCUAUAUUUCUUUCAUUUCUAGUAAUUUUUCUUGCCUUGUAAUUCACUUUAUCUGAUAUUAAUAUAGUCACUUCUGGCUUUUUUUUUCCUUUUUUGGCCAGUGUCUGUAAUGGUGUAACCUUUUCUUACUUUUACUUGCAACCUAGUUAUAUGCCCUUGUAUUUGAAGUGAGUUUCUGGUAGAGAACAUAUUGUUGGAUGAUUUUUUCUAAUGCACUCAGCCAGUCUCUGUAUUUUAAUUGGUAUGUUUAGGCCAUUUACAUAUCAGGUGAAUACUGAGGGGCUGAAGUCUGUAUUUUGUUCGUUUUUUUUGUCUCUUGAUACUCUCUUUCCUUUACAUCCUUAUGGGUUACCUGCAUGUUUUCAGGAAUUCGUUUAGACUAUUGUAUAAUGUUUUCAGUGUAUUGCUCUGUGUGGUUUUCUUGGUUGCUCUGGGUAUUACACUGGACAUGUAUCUUAUCACCGUUUGCUGGAAUCCACAUUUUACCACAAUGGACACACAUAACUUAUCACUGUUUGCUGGAAUCUACAUUUUGCCACUUUAUGAAAUGUAGAAGCCUUAUUUCCACUUAGCUCCCUCCUCCCCACCAUGCGUUCAGUAGUCAUGCACUGCAUAAUGACAUACUGGUCAGUGAUGGCCCUUGUCCAACAGGGGGCCCAUAGGAUUCUAUGGACCUGAACAGUGCCUGGUACCUCGUGAAGCUGCAGCCAUCGUAAUGCCACAGGGCAGUGUCAUGCCCUUGUGCUGUGGUAGUGCUGCUGUGAACAAACCUGCUGCACUGCCAAUCAUAUAAAAGUCUCAUACGCCCAAUUAGGUAUGGUACAGAAUACUUGAUAACGAUAGUAAGUCACUGUGUUAGUGGUUUGUGUGUUUACUAUACUAUACUUCUUUCUCAUUAACUUAGAGUGUACUCCUUCUUACAAAGAAAAGAGUUAGCUGUCAAAUAACCUCAGGUAGGUUCUUCAGGAGCUAUUCUAGAACAGGAAUAGUCAUCAUAGGAGAGGACAGCUCUGUGCCUGUUGUUCCCCCUGAAGAUCUUCCAGUGGAACAAGAUGUGGAGUUGGAAGACAGUGAUAUUGAUGAUCCUGACCCUGUGUGGAUUUAGGUUAAUGUGUGUUUGUGUCUUCGUUUUUAACAAAAAAGUUUAAAAAGUAAAAAACAGAUGUUUGCAAGAUGGCCCUUUUAGGAGCAGCUCAGGAUGCAGCUCCCAGUGAAAGCGCAGAGGGUGAGUGGACUCUGCAUUUCCAGAUGGAUCUUUAUUG